AACCUAGAUAAAUUCAAGAAUUCAGGAAUUGAAACAAGCAUUCGACUUGUCAGAAAUGGCUGAUUCAACCACUAAGCUUCUCCUCAUCGUUUGUGUCCUCGUCCUAAUAUCUCACUGCUAUGGCGAUCUCCCCCAUUGUACCAUCAAGUAUCUCACUGUAACACAAGCUCAGACAGGGGUUCAGGUGCAAGGAAAGCCACAAUGGAAAGUGACUAUCAGCAACAAAUGUUGUGUCCAAAGUGACGUAAAGUUGGAUUGUCGUGGUUUUCAAACCGUUGAGAAAGUAGAUCCUUCAGUUUUGAAGGUUGAGGGCGAUGCUUGUCUUGUUAAUGGUGGUAACAUUAUCUAUGAAGAUCCUGUCAUCUUCACAUAUGCUUGGGAUCAUUCUUUCCCAUUAAGUCCAAUUUACUCAGAAGUUAGUUGUUCUUAAGUAUCCAGGAGAUUUUCCAUACACCUGGAUAGGUUUUGCUAUUGUAUGGUUUCAUAAGUAAUAUACUUGCGGAAUAAAUAAUACAGUGUAUGGUUGAGUAUAACAUAUAUGUAUUAUCUCUAAUUAACGAGCUUAA